GCUCAGUGCCAACAUUCUCUCUCGCUUGUCAUCCAGCCAGUACAGCAAUGUUUCCAUGGGUUUCGAACAAUACCGUGUCGAAGACCCUUAUGGGUUGAACAAUCGUGGACAGCGAUCGGCUUGGACAGUGGUCGGCUUAAUAUGCUCCUCGUCGAAGGCAUUUGCCUGCGGUCAUUCUCACAUCGGUCCCCAAAUGCACGGUCUUCAGGCGUGUUUGAUCGACGGAUAUGUCUUGCAAGGUACCUCUCCUCAUAGCGCGAGCCUGACACCCCCUCAUACCAACACCACUGGCUAUACGGACAUUGCUGGAUAUGCUAACGUGAGCCCUUUUGGCACGGUCGGUGUUGCCGCGACAUUGAAUCAGAGCUACGGCUAUGGCAUGUAGAGCAGGUACAUUGAUUGGUGCGUUUUUUCUUCUACUAUUAGUAUACACGAGCUAACUACCUUCUUCUACAGCUGGUUACGAACGAGUUCACUGGAUCAGACGGAGACGAGUAGCGGAUGGCGGGCGUGAGCUGGGUGGACGGCGCUAGUAGGGUGCUGGGUUUUUUUUCGUCAUUUUU